AUCUAUGUGUACCUUACAAUGUUGCACAAAGUAGCCGUAUAAACCGUGCUAGCGUUGAUUCAACUUAUUUAGCAGUGGGAGUUGGUGACAAACGUGCCGAGUCCGGAUUAUUCUGAUCACCUUGAGAAGUCACCAUGGCGGACCUCAAACUGUACUACUACCCUAUAUCAUUCUACUCCAAAAAGGCGCUUCUGGCGUUAUUCGAGAAAGAGGCAAAGUUUCGGGAGCAAAUUGUUGUAAUAAUGAAAGGUGAGCAGAACGAGCCGUGGUACAUGAAGGUGACACCUAAAGGUACAGUCCCCGCAUUAGAAGUCCCAGGGACUGUCCUGACUGACUCGGAGGAUAUCGUCAACUACUUGGAUAAACAGCUGGACACUGGGAUCCAACUAAUACCAAGCCCUGAAACCAAGAUUGGACAGGAUGUCGAUAAGUGGCGAAAACAGUUUAACGACUUAAACAUAGAAGUGAUUACGAAUGGAAUCUUGUUUUAUCAGGAGCUGUCAGAAACAGGGAUUAAACUCCCGUCUUUUUUGAAGAAAUCGCUCGAUUCAGCAAAGGAAUCUAUGCGGAAUGAACGAAAAACACUCCAGGAAAAGGCAGACAAGUACCCAGAACACAGGAAGGAUUUCCUCGCUAAAAUUAGCAUACACGACCAACGGAUGGCUAAACUAGAAAACAAGGAGGUCGUUAAACAGUACCUCAACGAGCUGGAUACACUGUUUGAUCAGAUAGAAUCGAGGCUGGCUGAAACGCGUAAAGAGCAAGGAGUGGCAGACAGCUGGCUGGUCGGAUCCCGGUUCACCAUGGCGGAUAUUAAUCUCGUCGUAUUGCUGGACCGACUCAGUUUUCUAGGAAUGGAGGAACGGUACUUCACGCCCUCUAAUCGACCUCUGACAUACGAUUUCUUCGUACGUAUGGACAAACGCAAAAGUGUUCAACAACUUCGAAAGAACAUUAAGAGACUAUGGAAGAUAAUACUUGGCCGGAUGUUGAAGAAGGCUAUUCCUGUUGUGGUGGGGGUGUUAGGUGUAGUAGCUGGGAUAUUCUAUUGGAGAGGCGUGGCCCAGGGAUAGCGAAUGUUCUGUACGGGGAUGUGUGUAUAUAUGUGUAUGAAGAGUUGGCUGGUUUUUUUUUAUAUCAUGAAUAGAGUUCUAGCUCCCUAAAAAAUGACAACAGUUGAUCUCAUUUUCGAAGCAGGUCGGAAACAUCAGAUAAAACCUUUGUAAAUUCUGGUAGAUGUUUUCGUCAUUAUGAAUAUUUUAUAAAUGUCAAACAAAAUAAUUUUUUUUAAAAUAUUUUGAACAUUUCAUUGUUUGUAAAUACUGCUUGAGAUAUCGAAAUGUACAUUAUAUAUGAUUUUACACGUGAAUAAAUCAAUAUAUAAAAAUCAAGAAUAAUAAAAAAUAAACAACCUAUCUGAUAACUGGCUUGUUAUACUUUGUUAUGCGUUCAUGUCUAAAUCGUAGACGCGUGUAAUACCAAUAUUGUGACGUUACAAAUACUUUAUGACGUCACAAUGAAUAUUAGACUUUGGGACAUUGUCAUCGGAAAGAACAAAACGUACUGUCCAAGUCGAAAACAAUACUUGUGUUGGAACGAAAACUUGUUGAAUAUAAAGAAUAAAAAACUCAAAUAUAAUAUAGAUAUCUUUAAUUUAGGUAACAAUAAUGCUACCUUGUCUAUUGAAAUAAUAUUAAUGAAUUAUAAUACAUGAAUCACUAUAA